AAGCUGGAGCUGCUAAAAGCAUCAGAACUGGCUAAAGGCAGAGAGGAGCUGACAGACAGCAACUCCUGAGCCUGUGCACCCGGACCGCCACCCGGACACCCCAGUCUAUGGACAUUGCACCCUACCGGAUACCCACAUAGGACCCUACCGGAUACCCACCUACCGGACACCCGCAUACCGGACACCUACCUACCGGACACCCACAUACCGGAUACCCGCCAGGAACUAAAGUCUUAUCGUCUUGGCAUGGACAGAGUCUCCAGCAGCCAACCUCCACCACCCUGUCUGGACAGAUCCCUGUCUGGGAUGGAAUUCUCCCACUUGUAUCCGGUGUUCAAAUCCCGCAAAGGAAUGAAGAGGUGCGACGACGGCGGCGGAAAGGAAACCUACAAACUGCCCCACCGACUUAUCGAGAAGAAGCGCCGAGAUCGCAUCAACGAGUGCAUAGCGCAGCUGAAGGACCUGCUGCCGGAGCACCUCAAACUCACGACUCUGGGACAUCUGGAGAAAGCCGUGGUCCUGGAACUGACCCUCAAACACGUCCAGUCCUUGUCCAACCUGAUAGAGCAGCAGCAGCAACAGAUCCUGAGCCUCCAGGAUGGUUGCUCCUCUGAUGGGAAUCGAUCUUCUGGGGAGGAAAUGUUUCGGUCCGGGUUCCAGUUGUGUGCGGAGGAAGCUCUGAGGUUCCUCAAAGGCGGGGAUAAACGUGAGCUUGUGGCACACCUGCACCGCGUGGCCUCUGAUCUCAGCCACGGCACCCCUGAAACCACCAAAAUCAGCGAGAAGCCCAGUCCUAAAGCCCAAGCCGCCAACUGCGUCCCGGUCAUCUGCCGAGCCGCCCCCCUGAGCUGCGGGGAACAGAGCGGUACGGAUACGGACACUGACAGCGGGUACGGAGGAGAGGCGGACAAGGGGGAGGGAGCUCAGGAACAGGGAGGAGCCCUGAAGGAAGGGAACACCACCCCCAUGGCUCUGGAUAGGCUUAUAAAACAAGAACACGAAGAGAGUCCAAAAAAGAGGCCAAGGAUGGAGGUGACGGAGGACGAAACGCGCUUCGACAACGGUGACCUGUCUGGGAUGGGGCCUUACCCCAAUCACCCACCUUUCUGCCUUCCCUUUUAUUUUAUACCCCCCUCUGCCUCAGCCUAUUUGCCCAUGCUGGAAAAAUGCUGGUACCCCGGGUCUAUGCCAAUGCUGUACCCCAAUUUGGCACAAUCGGGUCUGCUGAACCAAGACCGGAUGGCACUGGUGCACUCCCCAACAUCCAUACCCACCAUGGACUCCUCGGCCCUCUUACAAGCCCUCAAACAGGUGCCAGCGGUAGGUGGGGACACCAAGGACUGACUGUAAGUGGUCACAGAAGCAUCGGUGUGCAGAAAACCGAUCCAAGGACUCCUAGGCCACCAAACAAGACUUGCCGCUUCGAGCGAGGCCGUUUCCGGUAGGUUCUAGGAGUCAGGCAGGUGUCGAGGUGCCACAUCUUGUGGCCGUCGUCGCAGAGUCUGCCCACGUGGUAAAAGUUGGAGUCCUCAAAGAUGUGGAGAGUUCCUUCAGAAGAGCAAAGGAUGGUUGCCGCCACUUCCGAAACCAAAAGAAAUGGUGGCAGCCGAGGACUAACCGGUGAUACCCGACGGGCAGCCGAGGACUAACCAGUGAUACCCGACGGGCAGCCGAGGACUAACCGGUGAUACCCGACGGGCAGCCGGGACUCUUCAUUGGUCUUUUUCUGCUGUAAUUCUCUGAGAUGGUUUGAGGUUCUAAAGGUCACCAAAUCCAGCUUCAUUCCCGGUAAUCCAAGACCUUCAUCCCAGGAUUCCAAGACCUUUUUUCCGGGAUUCCAAGACUUUCAUUCCCGGGUAUCAUAGACCUUCAUUCCUGGGAUUCCAAAACCUUCAUUCCCGGUAAUCCAAGACCUUCAUCCCGGGAUUCCAAGACCUUCAUUCCCGGGAUUCCAAGACCUUCAUCCCGGGAUUCCAAGACCUUCAUCCCGGGAUUCCAAGACCUUCAUUCCCGGGAUUCCAAGACCUUCUCAACCUUGAAGGACCUUUCCUUCAGCACUGAACUUGAAGAGACUUUAAGAAAAAAAAACAUUGAAAAGGGCCCCUGAGGGCAGCUGAGUGGCCCCUGGUGGUGGGGCUGGAGGUUCCAUAAAUUUAUGAUUGCACUUUAAACGUUUUCUCUCCUGGAUUCCCCCCCCCUCCCCCUUCCACGGCUCCAGGAGAGCAGAGUCAGAAAAUAUUUUUCAGAUAAAUAAAUCUAUUUCUUGAA